AUGCCAUGGAGCAACCCCAAGCCCAGGCCGACCUCGAUGGUGGCCUUCUCUCCUCCCAGAUCGCCCACAAGAUCUCCUCCCAAGGUCACAAUUCAGUCGCCCAAAUCGCCAGCACCGGGAUCAUCAGGGUCUCCCGUCCUCGCUCCGCGGCCCUCGCGACCACUAUCACAGUCAGCCUGGGGUUCGCCUUCUCCCCCAGCGCCGUCGUUGAACGGCAAGAGGUCGUUCAAACUACCCAGUCGUGGUCCCACCCCAUCUUCCGAGUCAAAGUCCAUAUUCUCCUCUAGCGCCGCUACAUCACCUUCUGGCGACCCGCGCAAAAGCGAUCGCUCCACCGCUGCCGCGCCUCCCAUCCCUCCACCCAUUAAUCGAGCCGGGAAACCAAAAAUACCGUCGAAGCCAUCCUCUGUCGAUGCUGCAGCGCGAGCAUCGUUGGCCCCGGAAACCUCUCAGGGGCCUGCAGAUGAGACAACAUCGCCCUUCAGUACUCCACCGAGCAGCGCAGGCAGCGCAAAGGCCGAGCCUUCUCCUCCUGUGUUCGCUGGAUUCACGCGACCCAAAGCUGUUGCUCCAAACGAGGGCUACUUCCCAACACCUCCAGUGCACCAUGCAGUCGCCGAACGUCUACCCCCUACUGAUCCACGGACGAUUGGGAACCCGCCGCCACGGAAAAUGGCUCCACCCCCAUCACACGCGCGUAGCUCAAGCGAUUUGCCCGAUGAUCGACCUGCACUACCAGCUAGAAGGGAAAGAGAUACCUUCGACAUGCGAAAGAGCAUGCAGCUACAAAGACCACCGCCGCUCGAACCACCAGUCCGACGUUCCUUCGAUAUGUCCCGCCCUGCUGAGUUCAUGGCUGAUACUAGGAAUAAGUUCAUGCCUCCACCACGGCGGACGCAGACAAUAAACGUUUCUGCAAACUCAGCCCCUGCCAAAUCCUUGGAACCACCGAAACCACCCCCUCCACGGAAGUCCGGUGAGAUGAAGAGGCCAAUUCCAGCUCCCACACAAGCUUCGCAACCCUACACGUACGACUCGGAUGAAUCAGAUAGCGUUCUAGAUAAACAGCCGUCAACUGCUUUGACAGACUACCCCGACUCAUCACAAGCGAAUCGGCGACCACCAAUCUUUCCCGACAACACUACUGGAAUCCCAACUGGUUAUGAGACCAAGCUGUUCGCCAUAUGCGGCGAUUACAUAUGCACAACAGGAUAUGUGACGAAUGUGUGGAAUGUGCUCAACGGGCGCCUACUCAUGAACCAGAGCCAUGGAGAUACCGUCAAAGCCACUGCAUUGGCUUUUCGACCCGCGAAAGACGUCGAGCACGAGGGCAGACGAUUGUGGCUCGGCACAAACACGGGUGAGAUGCUUGAGAUUGAUAUCCCUACACAAAGCGUGGUCUGCAACAAGACGAACGCUCACGCACGCUCUCCCAUCGUCAAGAUUUUCCGAUAUGCAUCGGAGAUGUGGUCUCUUGACGACGAGGGUAAACUCCAUAUUUGGCCGGCAGAUGAUACGGGCUCGCCUUCUCUGCAACAAACCCCACUUACAUUCCGUCUUCCACGCGGCCAUACGUUCUCCAUAAUAUCUGGGUCGCAGCUGUGGAUAGCUUUUGGAAAGGAGCUAAGAGUCUACAACCGCACUACAGACCACAACCACUUUCAACUCAUGACAGAUGGCCCUCUGUCACAGCUCAACGUAGGAGACGUGACUUCUGGCGCUAUCGUUAGCAGCCAGCCCGAUCGCAUGUACUUUGGACACACCGACGGCAAGGUCACAAUAUACGCCAAGAAAGACUUCGAGUGUCUUGGUGUUGUCAAUGUCAGCGUAUACAAGAUCAGCUCGUUGGUUGGUGUAGGCGAGAACCUGUGGGCUGGCUACAGUACUGGCAUGAUCUAUGUGUACGAUACCAAGUGCACGCCCUGGAAAGUGUUGAAGGAUUGGAAAGCACACGAUAAGCCAAUUGCUGGCAUCAUAGCCGAUCGGACGAGUAUCUGGAAGCUGGACAGGUUCCAAGUUGCUUCGUUGGGAACUGACUCGAUGCUGCGGAUCUGGGAUGGGUUGUUGAAGAAUGACUGGCUUGAAACUCUGAUGCAACAACGCGACUCUGAAUACUGCGAAUUCAGAGAACUGACUGCAAGAGUCAUGACCUGGAAUGCAGGUGCAUCGAAACCCACCAAUAUGCGAAGUGCCGAGGACCAGAAUUUCUUCCGGGAGCUGCUCGAACCGAGCGAUCCCCCUGAUAUCUUAGUCUUCGGAUUCCAAGAGCUGGUAGAUUUGGAAGACAAGAAAAUCACGGCCAAGAGCUUUUUCAGAAAGAAGAAACCCAAGGAGGACGCAGAACAUGAGAAGAUGUCUCAUCAAUACCGGACCUGGCGGGACCAUCUCAUGCGCAUUCUGGACGAAUACAGUCCCAAGCAAAACUAUGUUCUCCUUCACACGUCCAAUCUUGUGGGCCUGUUUACCUGCAUCUUUGUGAAGGGGUCAGAGCGUGCCAACAUACGCGACGUGAGCGGCGCUGAGAUCAAGCUGGGUUUCAGUGGACGAGUCGGAAACAAGGGCGCGUUGGUCGUCCGCUUUUUUGUCGACGAUUCUUCGCUUUGCUUCAUCAACUGCCAUCUUGCAGCCGGCCAAACCCAAACGGUACAUCGCAACAACGACGCGGCCUCUAUCAUGGAAGCCGCACCUCUACCGGGAAAUCGUUCACCCAUCGAUUGCGAGAACUUCUUUGUCGGCGGGGGUGAUGGUUCAAUGAUCCUUGACCAUGAGAUUUGCAUCCUCAAUGGCGAUCUGAAUUAUCGAAUCGACUCCAUGCCGCGGAACACUGUCAUUGAGACGGUUAGGCAGGGAAAUCUGGCGAAACUCCUAGAUCGCGAUCAGCUACUUCUCUCGCGUAAACGCAACCCUGGGUUCCGCCUUCGUGCAUUCAACGAACUGCCUAUCAACUUUGCGCCUACUUACAAGUACGAUGUUGGAACCGACAACUACGACUCGUCUGAAAAACAGCGAUCACCUGCUUGGUGCGAUCGAGUGCUCUACCGCGGCUUGGGUAGGAUCAAGCAGACCGAGUACCGGCGGCAUGAAGGCGUCAGGGUGUCGGAUCAUCGACCAGUCAGUGGAAAGUUCAAGAUACGUGUCAAGACGAUCAAUGCGAGGAGGCAAGACGCGGCAAAGGACAAGGCUGAAGUUGAGUUUGAGGCGGUGAGGAGACGGAUCGCGGGAGAUAUCAAGUGA